AUGACAGCGCUAGCGGCAGUCAGUGGCAGGCUGUGCCGGCACUCGCACGGCGUGCGCCAGCGGGCAGCUCAGCUGAGUGACUGCGUAGUGCUUGACGUUGCAGCCCUCACCAGCAGAGGUGUUGGCUCCCGGCGGCCCUUACGUAAGCGCAGCGUCCAGCGAGCUGGCUGCAGACCACGGCGCCCCCCUCCCUGUCUGGCGAACCUUCCGCGGGCCGGCCGCCACCCCGGCUGUUCCGCCGGUGCGGCUGUUGCUGCCGUCGCUGGUGCUGCUGCUGGCGGCGGCGCGGCCUCGGAUGGCAUAGUCCGCUACGGGAGAGCGGCAGAGCUGCACACCAUGGACACGCCCUGGGGAGACGUCGCCACCGCCAGCGGCAGCUCGCAAAAGAGCAAGAAGAACAAUUAUGGCGUGGCCCUCACCUGGAGGGACCUGUCGGUGUACGUCAUGAAGAAGAAGACAAGGGUUUUCUUGUCCUCAUCACAGACCUACACUCGAAUCAUCAAUAAUGUGACGGGAGCCGUGCUGCCUGGAUCACUGGUGGCGCUAAUUGGGGGCAGCGGCGCUGGGAAGAGUACCCUGCUGGCGGCCCUCGCUCACCGAUCCCCUGCGGGCACGAUCAUCGACGGCGAGGUGCGCAUGGACGGCCUGGCGCUGGACGACUCGGCGCGCCAGCUGACGGGCUUCCUGCACCAGCACGAGGCGUUCUUCAGCAGCCUCACCGUCAGGGAGCACCUCUCCAUCAUGGCGCACCUCAAGAUGGACCGCGGCGUUCCGCGAGACAUGCGCGAGCUGCGCGUCCAGUCGCUGCUGAAGGCGCUGGGGCUGGCGCACCGUGCCGACACGCUCAUCGGGGAGCCGGGCGCGCGCAAGGUGCUGUCCGGCGGAGAGCGCAAGCGGCUCGCCUUCGCCACCGAGCUGCUGACGGACCCAGAGAUGCUGUUCUGCGACGAGCCGACAACCGGGCUCGACGCGGUGUCUGCCCACACGCUGGUGGAGGUGAUGCGCGACAUGGCGGCCCACGGCAAGACCAUCCUCUGCUCCAUCCAUCAGCCCUCCUCGGAGAUCUUCGAGAUGUUCGACAACAUCAUCCUUCUGGCCGACGGUGGCCGCAUCGCCUUUAUGGGGACCGUCGCCGCUGGCUUGGAAUUCUUUGGCAGGCUGGGUUUCCGGUGUCCGCCGACGUUCAACCCCGCGGACUUCCUGGUUCGGACUCUGGCGGUGACGCCGGGACAGGAGGAGGACUGCCGGCUCAACAUCCGCCGGCUGUGCGACCACUUCGCCGUCAGCGAAGCCGCCCAGGACGUCGACGUGCUGGUGCGCGUCUCCGCCACCUCGGACCUAGUCGUGGAGCCCGCACGCAGGAUCAACAUGUUCAAGCCUGCGUCCUGGCCCACUAAGCUGCGGCUGCUGACGUGGCGCGCGUGGCUGCAGGUGUUCAGGGACCCCACCCUCCAGUGGAUCAGGAUAGGCCAGAAAGUCGCUAUCGCGCUGAUGGCGGGCCUCUGCUACCUGGGCACGGACGCGCUGACGCAGCGCGGCAUCCAGGCAGUGCAGGGCGCCCUCUUCCUGCUGGUCUCGGAGAACGUCUUCUCGCCCAUGUACGCCGCCAUCUCAACCUUCCACGCCGAAAUGCCGCUAUUCAGGCGCGAGCAUGGCAGUGGUCUCUACUCUACCCUUCAUUAUUACCUAGCCAAGGUCUUCGCUGAGCUGCCGGGUCAGGUGCUGGAGCCGGUGCUGUUCGUGGUGGUGGCGUACUGGCUGGUCGGCCUGCGGAACACCGUCUACGCCUUCACCAUGACCGCCCUGAUAGCCGUGCUCACGCAGAACGUCUCCACCGCCUGUGGCUGGUUCUUCGCUGCGGCCUUCGAGUCGGUGUCCAUCGCCAUGACGUAUCUGGUGCCCUUCGACUACGUUCUGAUGAUCACCUCCGGCGUCUUCAUUAAACUUGGGUCCAUUCCUAUGCUGGUGGGAUGGAUGAAGUACCUGUCGUGGCUCAUGUACUCCAACGAGGCAUUCUCCAUCAUCCAGUGGCAAGGCAUCACCAACAUCACAUGCGAGUUGCCCGCCGGUGCGAUGGGUGCCGGAUGUGCCACGGACGGCGCGGAGGUGCUGUCGCAGUACAGCUUCGCCGAGGGCCACUUCCUCUACGACAUCGGCAUCAUGCUGGCACUGUUCUUCAUCUUCCAUCUGCUGGCUUACGCUUGCCUGAGGGCGCGUGCUAACACUAAGUGACUACGAAACCGGCAUCAGUGCUGCCAUUCCACUUCACAUUCUUGUGCCAUGACUACAGAGACACAACUCAUCCCGUGUACAGAUAAUUUAUUAGAAUCAAUAAACUGUUUUAUGUUAUGCUGUAA